AUGGGCGAGAGAGGGCUGCUCAUCCUUCUGCUUGCAGGGUUUUGUGUGCCUGUGUACAACCAGAUCAGAAAACACGUGUUUGUGGAAACUGAGAAGAGCUGGUCUGAAGCUCAGAGCUACUGUAGAGAGAAGCACACAGACCUGGCCACUGUGCGCAGCCAGGAAGAAGCAGAGCAGCUCUUAAAUAUUACAGGAGCUUCUCUCGGGGAGUCCUGGAUCGGGCUGUAUCGUGAUGACACACAGAACUGGCAGUGGUCUAACAGCGAUGAUGUCAUCUACUCCAACUGGAGGGCAGACCUCUUCUGUGCUUCAGUCAAUUCAGACGGAAAGUGGACUGAUUUACCCUGCCACCUUCAGAAAGCCUUCAUGUGCUACAAAGAGACCAGCAACAUCACUGAGAGAUACACCCUGAUUGAACAACUGAAAACCUGGACUGAAGCUCAGCAGUACUGUAGAGAACACCACACCGACCUCGUCAGUAUAAAGAACGCCAGUGAAAAUGAAGAAAUAGUGAAGAAAGCGCAGGGCAAGCCCUUCUGGAUAGGCCUGUUCAAUGAGCCCUGGAAGUGGUCACACCAGGGGGAUAGCUACACAUUUCACAACUGGAGCAAAGGGGAACCAAACAAUUGGGGAGGCAGUGAGAACUGUGUGAUGAUGAGUAACACUGGUGGAUGGAAUGAUGCUGCCUGCAACAAUCAGUUGCCUUUCUUCUGCUGUGAGGCCUGA